AUCCUGCGGUUCUGCAGUCCUUGCUCUUCAGACUGUUGCUCAGUUGGAGUGCUUCUGUGGGGCCGAUCCUGAGGUUCUCUGUUUUUUAAGGACCUACUACUCAUUUGGAGGUGUCACUGGCGGUUUGCAAGAUCAUAUGAGGAACAGGAAAGCAUCUGAAAUCGACUGGAAAGGAAGACUGUAGCGGUUUUCACAGUGGAAGGAAACUAUAUUGGCACAGAGGCAGAUGAUUGAAUAAAGUAGUUGGCUCAGAGAAGAUGCACAGUCUGCUGUUUUUUCCUCUGAAUGAAGACUCUUUGAUGGAAGCUGCAUUCAUGUGGAGAUCAAAGAAAACACUGGAAUGAUAAACUACUGGAGUUCUCUCCCUCUCUUUUUUAAAAAUGAAAAGCCUGAAGCCGUAAUUUGAGCUCAAAUGCCUUCUAAUUCCUUCGCAGCCUGCCUGUUCCAUUAGGAUUCUCCGCUAACACCAUUUCUGCUUGGUGCCUGUGCCCUUUUGCUGGAGCAGCCACAGACCACUGCCUGAUGGAGGAAGAAUGAACACUCUGCCUUUCCUGUGCUGUCGAUGGGAAUUAAGCUAACUGUUUCUUUUCUUAUAUGGAAUAUCUGGAUUAAUCAAGCUGUAUUCUAGUACCAAGAGUCCUAUUGUCUCUUGUGGUCUGACUCAUUGCAUGUAAAUGUACUGCAGCUUUGCUAUUAAUGCAGAGUGUUUUUUUUUUUUUUUUUCUUUCUCAAACACAGAAAGAAUUGUCAACCUCUGAGCAACAUUUUGAGAGCUCUAGCUGCAUUUUUUUUUCUUUUUUCUGGAUAGUAUCUGUAUUAAACCAGCGAAGCUGAAGAAGUGAAGACAAGUUAGAAGUGGAAACCGAAUAGUGAGAUUUCAUAUUUUAUUUUCAGUGAUAAGCAAGCCAGCUGCUGGUAACUAUGACCUUGCAGGCAGGAGUGGGUAUAGCUGUGAUCAUCUGUCUCAGCACUUGUUUCUCGUCUUAUUCUGUUGUGUGUGGUGCUAUCACCCAAACAGUGAUCUUUUUAUGCAAGUGAAUUUCUGUAAAACAGAAUAGUAAUAUGACUAUUUUGGUAGCAGAAAAAUAUUUUUAAAUGAACUUGUUCCGGACUCAGUUUUAGUUCUUGACAUGUUGAUGUGAAAUUUCUUUUAAGUUUUACAGUAACCAGACAGAAAAUAAUAGAAUUUGGGAUUUUAUUUUAUUUUUUUAAGGAAGUUAUGUAGUUAUAAUUUUAAGCUUUAGUUUUUCUGAUAGUACUUAUUAACUUUAAAAAAAAAAAACCAGUUGUGCUUUUCAAAGAAUGAUUCUGAGUGCUGUACAGAAGAGGAGGAAAAACUACUUGUGCUCUUCCAACUGUGACUUUUAUCACAUAGCUUAGAAUUCAGUUUUUUAAAAGAACGAAUGAGUCGAGUGUGUAUUGUUGUUUUGGAGGAGGUAGAAGAUGAGUCUCCUGCAUUCAUUUCUAAAUUGCCACAGGAAAAUAAAUCCCUACAUUCUCCACCUUCGGGAAAUGUAUUGCCCUCACUGGUGCAAGCUAUAUUUAAUGGAGAUCCUGAUGAAGUUCGAGCACUAAUAUUUAAGAAAGAAGAUGUUAACUUUCAGGACAAUGAAAAGAGAACUCCACUGCAUGCUGCUGCCUAUCUUGGAGAUGCAGAAAUCAUUGAAUUGCUUAUUUUAUCUGGAGCUAGAGUUAAUGCCAAAGACAGCAAAUGGUUGACACCUUUACACAGAGCAGUUGCGUCUUGUAGUGAGGAAGCAGUUCAGGUACUGUUGAAGCAUUCUGCAGAUGUUAAUGCUCGAGACAAAAACUGGCAAACCCCGUUACACAUAGCGGCCGCUAACAAAGCUGUCAAGUGCGCAGAAGCCUUAGUUCCUCUUCUGAGUAAUGUAAACGUGUCCGAUCGGGCAGGAAGAACUGCACUGCAUCAUGCAGCUUUCAGUGGCCAUGGGGAGAUGGUCAAAUUACUCUUGUCUAGAGGUGCCAAUAUUAACGCUUUUGACAAGAAAGAUAGACGUGCUAUCCACUGGGCAGCAUAUAUGGGUCACAUUGAAGUAGUGAAGUUACUUGUGGCACACGGAGCUGAGGUGACAUGCAAGGACAAGAAGUCUUACACGCCUCUCCACGCAGCAGCCUCCAGCGGGAUGAUCAGCGUGGUCAAGUACCUUCUCGAUCUUGGGGUUGAUAUGAAUGAACCAAACGCCUAUGGAAAUACACCUCUUCACGUAGCCUGCUACAAUGGACAGGAUGUUGUCGUGAAUGAACUGAUAGAUUCUGGUGCUAAUGUAAAUCAAAAGAAUGAAAAAGGGUUUACUCCUUUGCACUUUGCUGCUGCAUCUACACACGGAGCAUUGUGUUUAGAGCUUCUAGUAGGCAAUGGGGCCGAUGUCAAUAUGAAGAGCAAAGAUGGAAAAACUCCACUGCACAUGACUGCCCUCCAUGGUAGAUUCUCCAGAUCACAAACCAUUAUCCAGAGUGGAGCUGUAAUCGACUGUGAAGAUAAGAAUGGCAACACUCCUCUGCACAUAGCGGCGAGGUAUGGCCACGAGCUGCUCAUCAACACCCUCAUCACGAGUGGGGCCGACACCGCCAAACGUGGCAUACAUGGAAUGUUCCCCCUCCAUUUGGCAGCCUUAAGUGGUUUUUCAGAUUGCUGUAGGAAACUUCUUUCUUCUGGAUUUGAUAUAGAUACCCCAGAUGAUUUUGGCAGGACCUGUCUACAUGCAGCUGCAGCUGGAGGUAAUUUGGAGUGCCUAAACCUUCUGCUGAAUACUGGUGCAGACUUCAACAAAAAAGACAAGUUUGGAAGAUCUCCACUGCAUUAUGCUGCUGCCAACUGCAACUACCAGUGCCUGUUCGCUCUCGUGGGCUCCGGAGCAAGUGUGAAUGACCUUGAUGAAAGAGGAUGCACACCCCUGCACUAUGCAGCGACGUCAGACACAGAUGGCAAGUGCCUGGAAUACUUACUAAGAAAUGAUGCAAAUCCAGGGAUCCGGGACAAGCAAGGAUACAAUGCCGUUCAUUAUUCAGCUGCAUAUGGUCACCGUCUGUGUCUUCAGCUGAUUGCAAGUGAAACUCCUUUAGAUGUUUUAAUGGAAACAUCGGGAACAGACAUGCUGAAUGAUUCAGACAAUAGAGCAACAAUAAGCCCUUUACACUUGGCUGCCUAUCAUGGUCACCAUCAAGCCCUGGAAGUGUUAGUACAGUCUUUGUUAGAUCUUGACGUGAGAAAUAGUAGUGGAAGAACACCCUUGGACCUUGCAGCAUUUAAGGGCCAUGUAGAAUGUGUGGAUGUUCUCAUUAAUCAGGGAGCCUCAAUCUUAGUCAAAGAUUAUAUUUUGAAGAGAACACCUAUACAUGCAGCAGCAACAAAUGGUCAUUCGGAAUGCUUACGGCUACUAAUAGGAAAUGCCGAACCACAGAAUGCAGUAGAUAUUCAAGAUGGAAAUGGACAGACUCCUCUGAUGCUGUCUGUGCUCAACGGGCACACGGACUGUGUGUACUCACUGCUCAACAAAGGCGCAAGCGUCGACGCCAGAGACCGAUGGGGAAGGACGGCCCUGCACAGAGGGGAAUUUUCUUUUCAGGCAGUCACAGGCCAUGAAGAGUGUGUGGAUGCAUUACUUCAACAUGGUGCUAACUGCUUAUUUCGAGAUAGCAGGGGCCGGACACCAAUACACUUGUCAGCUGCCUGUGGACACAUCGGUGUUCUUGGAGCCCUUCUGCAGUCAGCAGCAUCUAUGGAUGCAAAUCCAGCCAUGGUGGACAAUCACGGAUACACAGCACUUCACUGGGCCUGCUACAACGGUCAUGAGACAUGUGUAGAACUCCUUUUAGAACAAGAUGUUUUCCAGAAAACGGAAGGAAAUGCUUUCAGUCCGUUGCAUUGUGCUGUAAUAAAUGACAACGAGGGUGCUGCUGAGAUGUUAAUUGAUACCUUAGGCUCCAGCAUUGUGAACGCCACAGAUUCAAAAGGAAGGACUCCUCUCCACGCAGCCGCCUUCACAGACCACGUGGAGUGUCUGCAGCUUCUGCUCAGCCACAAUGCUCAUGUGAACUCCGCGGACUCCUCUGGGAAGACGCCCCUCAUGAUGGCUGCAGAAAACGGACAGACAAACACAGUUGAGAUGCUGGUUAGCAGUGCUAGUGCAGAUCUGACUUUACAAGAUAACAGUAAAAACACCGCCCUCCAUUUGGCUUGCAGUAAGGGUCAUGAAACUAGUGCCUUGUUAAUACUGGAAAAGAUAACAGAUAGAAACCUCAUCAAUGCAACCAAUGCAGCUUUGCAAACACCUCUGCAUGUUGCUGCCCGAAACGGGCUGACAAUGGUGGUUCAAGAACUCUUGGGGAAAGGGGCAAGCGUGCUUGCGGUCGAUGAGAACGGCUAUACCCCAGCUUUGGCCUGUGCCCCCAACAAGGACGUGGCGGACUGCCUCGCGCUCAUUCUGGCCACCAUGAUGCCUAUCUCGUCAAGUAGCCCUUUAUCAUCCCUGACAUUCAAUGCCAUUAACCGCUACACCAACACCUCGAAAACUGUCAGCUUUGAAGCCUUGCCCAUCAUGAGAAAUGAACCCAGCUCCUACUGUAGCUUCAACAACAUCGGUGGGGAGCAGGAGUACUUAUACACCGAUGUGGAUGAGCUCAAUGACUCCGAUUCAGAGACCUACUGACAGGCUGAGCCAGAGACCUGGGGAGGCAUUCUGACACUGAUGCUUCAAACUGUGCUUUUUCAGGAAAAAGGCACUUUCUUACUCACAUACAAACGCAACCUAAGAGAGUGCAAACAGAAGUAUGAUGACAUUAGGAAGAACAGUUUUACAGGCACGUUUUACAAAAGGAACUGCUGGAAUCUUGAAGCAGACUUGACCAGAGGAGAACACUUGAUGGCACAUAGCCUCGUCAUUGUGGACUUUGGGUUUGCAGUGCCUGGAAUUAUCUGGGACACUGCACCCUGAUCUGCUCACACAAGCAACACUAUCGUCAAAGAAGAGAUAAGGACACUAGAUUUCAGUUUUAUCAAUAAAACUACAACUAAAUUUAAGGGCAAUAAAAAUUUGGUACAAUAGGCAUGAUGUGCACAGCAAAUUGCCAAAGGACCAAAUAACUCGGGUUUUAACAGAGCACCACUUUGCGGAAACUGGAGCGGGUGAAACUAGACAUUAUCUAAACCAAACUUCAGUAUUUCUGAAAAUGAAGCUGAGAUUUGGUUUUCAAUGUUGAUUUUUUUUUUAAAAGAAAACAUCUGAAAGCCUUCUAAUAUGUAUUAAACCAUGAGAGAAAGCAGAUGUAUUUUUACAUUUUUUUUCUUUUACAUAAAAAUUUUAAAAUUCCAACUUUUAUAAUAGAAUUGAAAACCAGCUGACUGGGUGCAGUCAGGGUGAAAAUAUUUGUGAUGUAGACUUGUAAUAGAUUGGGGUCAGGCUGUUGGUUGCCGGGUUUUGAAUGGUUUAGGUUUAAAACUGAACUAUUUUUGUUUGAAAAUGUAAAGAAUUUCCUCAAAGAAGGAAAUUUCGUAAAAUCAGGAAGUGGAUGAUUUUCACCCUGUUGCAGCCCAGUGGUCCAGUCCUGGGGAGUGGCGUUUCAGCCUCACUGCUUUGGGUGGUACACUUUGGUCACCUUUGUGUCUCCCCUGUGCCUCCACAGUGGACUAGGGUAUUUUUGUUGUCACUGUUUAGUGAAGAAUCAAAAAGAAAAACUCCCUUGCUACUCAUAAGUUAACAUCAUCAGGUCUCUUGGAAGGCAUUUCUAUACUGGGCAAGGUUUAAAAUACUAAAGCCUUUAGGUCUUAUUCACAUUUAAAGUAGCGUGUUUAUAACAUGCUAGAUUGGAAGACUGCCUUCCAAAUAACAAAGAGGGGGGAAGGCUGAUGUUUAGGCUUUUAAAUGACAAUUUAUAUGGGUCUGCUUUUACUGUAACUGUCACCUUCCCAGUGAAAAUGAUUUCACUUACGUAGGGGGUCUUCCAAGUCGGGGUAGAGUUCCAUAAAUUUUCACAAAGUGAUUCCCAAUUUCAUUUUAUUCUUUUUGUAUCGUGAAACUGGAAACUUUAUGACAUUGUAAAUUAUCAGCUGGUUUUUCUGAAUAUAAAGUGUGAAAACACAGAACAGUAUUUUGAUCUAUUUGAUAAUUUUGUGGGUUUUUGAAGAAUUAAUGAGCAUGUAAAUAGAAAUAGUGACUGCUUGAAUACUGUAUUUACUUGCACUCUUUCAAUACAUCAAGAUUCCUGUAUAUUUUAGAGUAUAAUAAAACACAGAUGUGAGUUGUA